AUGGAGAAACUUCACACCGGUUUCGAAGUUUGUGCUAUUUUUUUACAAGAAAAUAAACUGAUCUUGAUUGUGAAUGAUAAACUACAUAUAAAUAUUGGAUCAAUUAUUUAUGAUUUUUCUGAAAUACAUUCAGUUUACAUUUUCUGUUUGACCAAAGACAUAAUUACAGAACUUAAACAUCAAAAAAUUAAAGGUACAUUCAAUAACAAACAUUAUUUGAUAGCUGAUUUGUUGGCCGACUUCUCAUAUCCAAUGAGUAUUUUUAAUCAAGAAAAAGAAAGAUCAAUUCAAGCGUUAGCUAAAGAAUCACUUAAAUUUAUAUGGUUUCAAUGUUUAAUCGAUCUUAUAAUUCAUUUACCAUGGUGCAAGAAAUCAAAGUCAGAUAUGGUAAAUGAAUGUCGUCAGCACUAUGAAACUGAUGAGAUUGAAAUGAGAAAGAUCAGCGAAUUUGACACACAAUAUGGGGUUGACGAUGAGAAAAACCGAAAUGCAAUUCGAUGGUAUACACGAGAUUGCUUUUUAUUUCGUUUGUUAAACAGAGCUUUUCGCACGGAGAAUAUUGAUGAAAUAUAUAAAUUUCGUUAUUUUAUACCUGGUUUACACAGUCAACUAAAAGAACUCCAUCGAAAUUAUAUUUCUUCAUUAUUCAACGAUGAAAAAUAUCUAACAGUUUAUCGAGGUCAAUUUUUAUUCAAGGGCGAACUUUUAAAGUUAAAAAAGAAUAUUGGACAACUAAUUUCAUUUAACACAUUUUUGUCAAGUACAUUAAAUAGGCAGGUUGCACUUUUGUAUACCGGUGGCGAUGCGAAACAACCAAGAAAAGAAUCCGUAUUAUUUGAAAUGAAAAUACAUCAACGUAAAUGUCACAAGCCAUUUUCAGACAUUAGUAAUCACGGUUAUUAUGAAGACGAAAAAGAGGUAUUAAUAUCAACGGGUGCCGUAUUUCGGAUUAUAUCGGUUGAACGCCUGAAAGAAAAUGCCGAUGGUACAAUUUGGAAUGUAAGUUUACUCAUGGAUGAAGGAAGUGAGGAACAAAUGAAAGAAUUAAUGAACCAUUUUACAAAUGAAUCUAUAACAGAUCCGUUAGAAAAACUAAAAAUAUUUAUCCAACAGUUAAGCAAUAACGAGAUAACAGAACAAUGGCAAAAUAUAUUGUACGAGUCCGCCACACGUACUACUGAAAUGCACACGUACAGUGAUGAAAGUUCAGCUAUGAGAGGUCCUCUUUUCAGAAGCAGGCGCAGCAUGAGCAGAUCAUUUGACGCAUCUCUAAUCGAUCGGUCGGCUAUAAGUAUAGCUUUAGGUUCACAACAGAGUAAAGCGUUUGAUGCAUCUUUAAUCGAUCGGUCGGCUGCAAGUAUAGAUUCACGUUCACAACAGAGUAAAGCGUUUGAUGCAUCUUUAAUCGAUGCGUCAGUAAGUAUAGUGUAUGAUCCACAACAGAGCAGUUCUGCACAACAGCUACUACAUGAGCAAAGUCCAGAAGACAAUGCGCAUUAA